AUGGGAGCUUGGUUCAGCCGCUCCAAAGUUACGGUCUUCGAUGUCUUCGAUUUGGGAGAUGAAAUUGGCAGCGGCAAUUUCGGCCAGGUGUUGCUUUGCACUCGACGUGAUGAUCCAACUCAGGCCUACGCCGUGAAGGUGGUAGACAUGGAGAGUAGCCAGGCGAAGGCCAUGCAGGUUUACCAAGCCGCCAGAGACGAGUUGGACAUCAUGAAGGGCUUGAACCAUCCCAACAUCGUGAAGCUGAUCCAGGUCUUUCAGGACAAGCGGUUUCUCUAUGUGGUGAUGGAGCGAGUGAAGGGGGGUGAACUUUUUGAGGCUUUGAAGUCUGAGCUGGCUGUCAUCAUUGAACAGGAUGUGGCCAGAGUCGGGCUGCAGCUCAUGAAGGCCCUGGAUUAUAUCCAUGGCUGCAACAUUGUGCACCGAGACAUUAAGGCACAAAAUAUCCUUCUCACUGAGCCCCCGAUACUUCCGGGUAGGGCUCUACAGAACGCCGACAUCAAGUUGAUUGACUUCGGCCUUUCAGCGAAGCUUCCUCGGGAGUGUUGGCGGCAGCAAGAUCGUGCAUUUGACACCAUCUGCGGAACUCCGGCCUGCUGUGCACCAGAAAUUUGGGCCACCCAGGAGAAAGCUAUUCCACUUUGGCGGAAACGCUGGGGAAUGAGGUAUGGCUGUAAGGUGGACAUCUAUGCUGCUGGUGUGGUGCUCUACAUGGCAUUGCUAGGCAAACUGCCAUUCAGUGCUUCAGACACCAGGAAGCUAGCAAGUCUGGUCUGCAGCCCCCACGAGUUUCCAAAUUUUCAGUCCAAAGACGGUACCUACGAGGUCUCAAAAAGUUGCAGGGAAUGCUUGUCCAUGAUGUUGGAGAAGGACCCAAACAGACGAUGCUCUGCGUUGCAGGCCACCAGACAUCCAUGGCUCCAAAACACCGUUCCCAGAAAAAGGGCGCUGCCCAAACCCAUCCCGCAGGAGGUCCGUAGCAGCGCUGCUGAAGAAGCGCAGGCUGCAGCAGUUGCCCCUCCUCAAAGCCCUGAGGUGCACAGCGAACGACUGCGAGCACUUGAGCAGGCGCGAAACGAUUGGGAGGAGGCGUUGGAGAGCGACGAGUCAUCCGAGUCUGAAAGCUCCGGGGCGGGAAAGGUCUCCAGCGGCAGAGUGUCGUCCCCACUGGAUGGCGGGGUACCCAGGUUUGUGGUGCAGCCGAAUUGCUGGGAACUCGGCCCGGCAGAUCCCGGCCAACGCAUGACAUCGUUGCUGGUUUCAAGCUGGGGCCUCAGCAGUUUGUUGCCUCUGCCGUUCGAUUUCUGCAGCGAGAGGUUUGUUGGACUUGAACUUGUGGUCUUCCUGGUCACAUUGCUUGCCGCUUUCGCACAUCUUGAUACCAAGCGCUUCCACGCAGCCAAGCUCGCAUCCUCGGAGGAGAAGCUUCCCAAGGUUAUCUUUUCAGAGCGCGAUGUGCGCGAAGUGCCCAGAUCCGAGGUUGAAUCCAAAGUCCCUGGAUCGCUGCAGUGGUCAAUAGCUGCAAAGAACUUCAUUCAGGCCUUGGCUUGCGACCUUGAUGACAUUGCCCUCCAUGCACGAGACCCGCAGAGUACUCGCACUGUGAACCAGGUGAUGCAGAUGUACGAGAAGCUGUUAGAGACACUUGCCCAAAGAGGCAUGGCUCUGCCAGAGGUGGCAAAUCAUGCUCGGCACACCUCUGUAGAUGUCUACAGCAGCCUCGUCUACUGUGCUGUGCGAGCCAGUCGUUGUCACCUUGUGGAAAAGUUGUUGAACGACAUGAUUCACCAGGGUGUGGCCCGACCCCUGCACUUUUAUGAGAGCACUAUGAAGCAGCUUGCAGGAGUUAAGAAGUACAAGCUUGCCCUGAAUGUAUACGAGCGCUUGGCGAAGGAUGGUUUACAACCCUCACCUGUCACACUUAGUUGCCUGAUCAAUUUCGCGGUGGAGGUGGGUGAAUUGCGAAGGGCAAUCAACUUUUUCACUCUUCUUGCAUCCCAGUCGACUCCAUCCAUCAGGGCGUACAUGACGGUGCUCAGAGUGCACAGCAUGCGGCAGGAUUGGCCUUCUGCGAUUGGCAUCAUUCAUGACAUGAAGCGCAAAGGAGUCCCAGUGGACACGUUGGCACUCAAUGUGGCGCUGGGCACUGGGAUUGUCGCGGAUCGACUGGAGGAGGUGGAAGCAGUGAUCCAAGAGGCUCCACAGGUGGACAUCGUAUCGUACAACACGCUGUUGAAGGGCUAUGCACAACGCAGCGAUCUCAUCAAAGCCCACCAGGUCUUUCAAUCUCUGCUUCUUCGUGACUUGAAGCCAAACGCUAUUACCUUCAACACCAUAGUCGAUACAGCGGUGCGAUCCUGUGAGUUCAAUCGCGCGUGGCAGCUGCUUGAUGAUAUGGAGGUUGCUGGCUUCGCUCCAGACAGGUUCACUUGUUCGAUUAUGGUCAAAGGCAUCACCAAGUUUGGAGAAAGGGCGGAUGGCGAAUGCUCUGCUGUCCAGGAAGCUUACAUCAAGAAUGUUCUCAAACUGAUCCGCAAGGUGGCUACGUCCUUUGACAAGCCCUUCUUGAGCCAGAUGUUCCAUGCCGUUUUCGAGGCCUGUGGUGAUGUUCCUUCCCUUGCACAGGAGGUGGUGUUGGAGAUGCGGCAAAAUCAGGUGGAUUCUGUUCCAACCAGAAGUACGAGGUGGCGUUGCGAUGCGGAAAAAGGUGAUUUUCGCGACGCCGGUUGGAUUCAUUUGGGAUGGUGA